CUCCUGGACGCCUGGUGGCGCUGACGCGCUCUUUCUUACCUCGGGGGCAGCUCGUUGAAUAUCCGGUUAGGGCGCCCGCAUUUUGUUUGCCCGUAAAGAUGCCGAAGUUUUACUGUGAUUAUUGCGAUACAUACUUGACGCACGACUCGCCAUCAGUAAGGAAAACUCACUGUAGUGGACGCAAACACAAAGAGAAUGUAAAAGACUAUUAUCAGAAAUGGAUGGAGGAGCAGGCACAGAGUCUGAUAGACAAAACAACUGCUGCUUUCCAGCAGGGGAAAAUUCCACCCACACCAUUCCCUGGCGCUGGCCCUCCAGGUGGAUCCCUGCUGCCUCAUCCUAAUAUAAGUGGACCUCCUAGGCCAGGCAUGUUGCCAGCUCCUCCAAUGGGUGGCCCGCCAAUGAUGCCCAUGAUGGGUCCUCCUCCACAUGGCAUGAUGCCUGGUGGUCCAGGCCCAGGUAUGCGGCCCCCCAUGGGUGGUCAUAUGCCGAUGAUGCCAGGCCCCCACAUGAUGCGACCUCCUGCUCGGCCAAUGAUGCUCCCUGUUAGACCUGGCAUGGCACGACCGGAUCGAUAGAAAGAACUGUUGUUCCAUGAUUGCCCUUAUCUUCUAAACAAAGACUCCAUCAACUGCAUACACUGACUUAACCAUUGGUUUCAGUGGUUUUGGGAGGAGAUCAUGUGUUGUUUAUUUAACAGGACCCGUUUUCUCUCCUUUUAACGUGGAAGUCGAUAUAUAUUUUUUUCCCAUGGCCAAUAAUUCAUAUUUGUUAAUUAAGACACCGUAUUUGUGAUCUCUUCAAGCUGGAUUGGUUUAAGUUUUAGUGUUGGAAGUUUUUUUUUUUCCUUCUUUUUUUUAGGACUGAUUUCACAAUAAAACUAAAAAAAAAAAAACACACACGCCUCUGCUAAUUUAAAGUUAGAAGAAGAAUAUAAGGCAUCUGUAACUGACAUUGGGAUUUACUUUCUUUCUUUCCCCAAAGUUAGAAACUUCCAGAAUAAAAUAUGGAAAACAUAUUUAAUUGGCUUAAUAGCGGACACGAAAAAAGUCAUUAAAUUUUAUUAUAUCAUUUAUAUUGAUGUGACAACUAAAUAAAAGAAUUCUGAACAUUUUAUAUAACAUUUUAGGUUAGUCCCCAAAAAAAGACUUGGUUGUUUUAUUCAAGGAUACAAAUGCUACAGCAUUUGGCAAGUCUCUAUCUUGACAUCAUAUCCAAAUACUCGGUGCAAACAAAAUAAAGUGCAAGCGGUAUACAGAAAGUGAUUUUUUUUUUUUUUUUAUAUGAAGAGUGGGACAUGCUAUAUAUAGUUUUUUUUUUCUUUUUUUCAAUUAAAUGUCCCAUCACAUCAUGAAUGAGUAACAAUGCUAAGGUAAAAUGCGUAUUUUAUGUUAAUUCACAGUGUGAUUAAAGUUGAGUACCUUCAGCUUAA